GAAAAGGUAUUAAAUAAAAUAAAAAUUUUGGGGAGGAAUUUAAUUUGGAAGCAUAGCUUAUUUAUAUACCACCACAUUGCCAUUUAUUUACAAUAACACCGACGUCUGUUCUUCUUUGUUGUCUCAAAAAAUGUCGAUAUUUACCGCCCGCUCCAAGUAAGUAAAUAUUCAUCCCUUAUGCCUUUAAUAUUGUCUUGUGUUUCUGGGUUUUUUAAUUUUCUUGAUAACUGAAUCUUGAGCUUCUCUGGAAUCUUGCAUGUUGGGGUCUCUCCAUAUCCAUGAUUCUUGACAACAAGAAUUUUUUCUCAUAUAUUGAAAAACACACUUUUUAAUUUAUCCACUUUCUUGCAUUCUUGCAUAUUCUUGAUAACUGAAUCUGGGCAUGUUCCUCUCUUUUUAUUUUUCUUGUUUCCGUGUUUAUGCUUUCUUUGUGGGUCUUGCAUAUAUGGUUCUAGUUAGUUGAUAUAUUGUUUAUGCGGCUUAAUUUCUCCUUCUAAUCUGUUUCUAUAUAUUGACACCACUUUUUACUUUCACCAAUUUCCCAUGUUUUAGUAUCGCGAAGAAGUACGUUCUUGUGUGGUUUUCCUGUUUAAAGAUAUCUGGCGUUCACCAGGUGUUUGAGAAAAUGUCUUAGCUAGAAAAAUCAUAAUCUAUUAGGUAAAAUUUGAAAUUUAAGAACCUAUUUAGAAACAACUAAAUUCAUUGUAUUAUGAUGGUUUCCUUCGUUGAUAUCAACUUUAAAGGGGAUUGGAGUUGGUUUGUUCAUGAUUAUUUUUUCACUCUGCUUUCAUCAAGCUGAAUAAAUCAGAGACUUAUUACUAAUUACUGAAUAAAUCAGGUCUGAGUAUUAGCCUGCCACGACAGGUGUAAAUUGGUUUUGUGACAAAAAAAAAAUUACUCUUUAACAAUGGCACAAUUAUGACCGAAGGGAACGGUUUGAAGGGAAAUAAAAGACUCAAUGAAGCCUCCUCAUAAUCAGGAGGGAAAAUUCUGGCUGAAAACAAUUCAGGACAACAAGAUGCGGACAAGACCAAACAAACAGAGACAGUUACCUUUUACUAGCUCUUCUCCUUUGUUGAUUCCACUGAUUUAGUUUUGAUGAUCGUUGAAACUAUUGCAACUAUCGGCAAUGGGGAUUGUCCCUGCCCAUUAUGACAAGUCUUUUUGGAUAAUGGACCGACUCCUUCAGACAAAAUCAAAAUAACAAAGAUGUGCUUGGGGUUUCAUUGAGAUUUGUCUACUUAGCUUUGGGAUUGUGGCCAGCUGCAUUUUUUUAGGUCCCUUGUUGGAUGAUCUCUGGUGAAAGACAACCUUCUCGAAUAAGGAGUCUCUAUCUGAAAACUAUUUUGCGGCAAGAUUUAGCUUUCUAUGAUAAGGAAACCAAUAUGGGAGAGGUGGGGGGGGCGGAUGUCUGGUGAUGCUCUUCUUAUACAAGACGCCAUGGGUAGGGAAAUUUGUAUAGCUGACAUCAACAUUCCUUGCGGGCUUUGUCAUUGCAUUUACCAAAGGCUGGCUUCUCACACUUGUUAUGUUAUCCAUCAUUCCUCUACUUGUCGUCAUCUUUGGUGGAGUGAUGUCCUUCAUCCUAUCUAGGAUGGUGUCCCGUGGACAAGAUGCUUAUGCCAAGGCAGCAACGGUGGUUGAACAGACAAUUGGCUCCUUUAAAAUGAAAAUAACCACCAGUAGAUGAGAUGUAUCUUGUUUCCUUCUCAGGCUGCAUCUUUUACAGAGGAAAAGCAAGUUGUGGCCAGCUAUAACGAGUCCCUAAUUAAAGAUUACCAUUCAGGUUCAAAUGAAGGGCUGGCAAGUAGAUUAGGUCUUGGGUCGCAUUUUGCUACAUAAACAUUUUGCUAUUAUGUACUCCAGCUAUGCUUUGUCUAUCUGGUACGGUGCAAGGUUCAUCUUGGAAAAAGGAUAUAUUGGUGGUCAAGUUCUCAAUGUUUCCGAUGCGAAGCUUCUCCAUUAAGUAGCAAGCGAUUUACUUUUUAAGGGAGAAUUUUCUGCAAAAAGGUGUGAUGCUGGUGGUGAAUUGGCGAUGCAUGAGAGGAAUACUACUUGGUGGGAUGAAUAGGAAAGUUCUCGAUCUAUCCUUCAGGUUGAAGCCAAAGGAACUUUCUGUUUAGACGGCUUUUGCUGCAGGAUGUAGAACUCCCAAAAAUCGGAAAAGUGUAAAAGCAAUGGGGGGGCACUUAGGCUUGUUUUCAAUUUGAAGCUGAAGUGCCAGAAAGCAAUACUACAAGAAAGGCUCUAUGCCUAUUCCUAACUUCUGAUGACUACUUUUUGAAUUUGAUCCCCAAGGUAUUCUUGGAUUGGAGAAAGUCUGUAGUCUCAAGAUAUUUCUCUUUUGGACACAUGUGGCAUGCUUAAAAAUCUGAUCCGGGAUUAGCAGCAAGUGGAGUUACAUUCUUAGAAGUUGGUGUAUCUAAUAUUCUACCAUCCAAACAACUGAUGUGCAACAUCUUCGAGAUUAGAAGACGAUUAAAAUCCUCAUUGUGGUCUGUUUAAAUCUAAAGAGCAUGCAGAAGUUGCUACACCAGAAGAAACUCACAGAUUGUGUUGUUGUGGUUGAAGAGCUAUGGUGGAAAGCUUCGAAUUUUUCAGCUCUCAAAAGAACGGGCCUGUGUCAUUCUUCAAUGUAUAGAAUCAGAAGUUGUUUUCUUGCGGUAAACUGAAGCACGUAAAAGAGUUACCAAGGUGGAAAUAGGCUGUCAGAACAUGAGAAGCUUCAAAAACUUGUUUUAAGUUGCACAUACUAUUGCUUAGUAUAAGUAAAACCUAUACUUUAGAUCCAAAGUAUAUGUGAACUUAAACAUUUAUUAACAAAUGUGUAUGCAUUAGUAUAUUUGUCAGAUCAAUAUUUGCCUAAGUAGAAGUGCAAAAAACAGUAGGCGGAGAAUCUGCAAAAUCAAUUGAUGGAUGCUAUUUUUGGGCGACUUAAAUAAGGUAGAGUUGCAGAAUGCUUUUCAUCUUUAUAGUUGAAUUGGAUGUCGUUGGAUUAAAUUAAUUCAAUUUCCUUUUGCUCUGUGGCUAUUGUGAAAGUUAGUUUUGUAUAAUUGUAUAAAUGUAAGUUGCAGUGUUGGGCCCAUGCUAAGCACGGCCACAUGCCAUCUAAUUUGGAAAGAAAUAUGACGUUAAUAGUGUGGCCAAUGAACCUCUCGUGUGGUCCAGGGAUGUCAAUGUUUCAGACUCCUCCAUUCUUGGAUAUCCAAGACUGCAUUUGGUGUUCCAAACAAUUCACACUUUGGCACCCCAAGAUUUGAUUCCUAUUCCUUUGCCAACCAGCAGUAUCCAUGUCAGAGAGCAAAGGAAACGGAAGUACACCACCUUUGCUCAAUAGCUCUGGUUUUGGAAAGUCUGCAUUUGGUUAAUCAGAAAGGAAAGUAGAACAGCAUCAUACAAUCCAUUUGUGGAAUGCAGACUUAUCAAGAUAAAAGCCAUGACGAGUUGAGGUUUGAGGACUACCAGUUAGGUGCUAAAGGAAAUGAAAGUACAACUCUUUUGCUAAAGAGCUCGGGUUUUGGAAAGUCUGCAUUUGGUAUUAAUCACGAAGGAAGUAGAACAACAUCAUACAUUGCAACUCCAGAGAUAGAUAGUACAAGACCCGGUGGUGCAAACAUUCAAUCCAUUUGUGGAAUGCAGACUUAUCAAGAUAAAAGCCAUGACGAGUUGAGGUUUGAGGACUACCAGUUAGGUGAUAAAGGGACAUUAGCCUUUAAUGCAGCAAUGAAUGCUACAUCUAGUCGAACACAAAGCAUAUCUCCGGGCUCAUCCACUUUACAAACAUUUGGAAAGAAAUAUGACGUUAACAGCGUGGCCAAGGAAUCUCUGAUGAGGGAUGCCAAUGUCUCAGACUCCUCCAUUCUUGGAUAUCCAAGAGCUCCUGCAUUUGGUGUUCCAAGCAACUCACACUCUGCCACCCCAAGAUUUGAUUCCUAUUCCUUCGGCCAACCAGCAGUAUCCAUAUCAGGGAGCAAAGGAAAAGAAAGUACAGCACCUUUGCUCAAGAGCUCUGGUUUUGUAAAGUCCGCAUUUGGUAUUAAUCAGAAAAGAAGCAGAACAGCAUCAUACAUUGCAACUCCAGAUAUAGAUUGCACAAUACCUGAUGGUGCAAAAAUUCAAUCCAUUUGUGGAAUGCAGACUUAUAAAGAUAAAAGCCAGGAGGAGUUGAGGUUUGAGGACUACCAGUCAGAAAUGUGGUUCUUCAUGUGGUAUUUCCGGUACACAGGGAUUUGGUAUCAUCGACAACACACGGCCUUUGGUGUUCCAAACAAUUCACACUUUGGCACCCCAAGAUUUGAUUCCUAUUCCUUUGCCAACCAGCAGUAUCCAUGUCAGAGAGCAAAGGAAACGGAAGUACACCACCUUUGCUCAAUAGCUCUGGUUUUGGAAAGUCUGCAUUUGGUUAAUCAGAAAGGAAAGUAGAACAGCAUCAUACAAUCCAUUUGUGGAAUGCAGACUUAUCAAGAUAAAAGCCAUGACGAGUUGAGGUUUGAGGACUACCAGUUAGGUGCUAAAGGAAAUGAAAGUACAACUCUUUUGCUAAAGAGCUCGGGUUUUGGAAAGUCUGCAUUUGGUAUUAAUCACGAAGGAAGUAGAACAACAUCAUACAUUGCAACUCCAGAGAUAGAUAGUACAAGACCCGGUGGUGCAAACAUUCAAUCCAUUUGUGGAAUGCAGACUUAUCAAGAUAAAAGCCAUGACGAGUUGAGGUUUGAGGACUACCAGUUAGGUGAUAAAGGUGAGGAUUGAGAUAUGUAGAUGCUACACCCAAUACUGCCAGUUUCAUGAAAGGGGAGAUCAUAUUUACUUUUCUAGAGCAGCGAGGCGGCUUUGGGAUUGGCUGAAAAGCUAAAUCUGCUCCUUGUGAAAGUAGCUAUGAACAUUGAGCUGUACUUUUCUCCAUAAAUGUCG